AUGGCGGCCACGGCUGCAAGACGAGGCCACAACAACCACCUCCCCCCUCAUCGUCGUGAUUGGCUGCGAUGGGAAGAAAAGAUGACGCAGCGCUCGCUGAUUGGUGGUGAUUGUUUUGGCGCGAAACGGCCUGAUGCCAUCAUGAGUGGAAAGAAAGAGUUCUUGGUGGAUGACAGCUAUGAAGCAGUUAAUAGAAGGAAAAUGAAAGCUAUAAGGCAGUGUCUGAAGAUCUUAGAAGAAGAUUGUACAGAAUCAAAUCGGAGAAAUACUGACUUUUGUCACAUCUCAAAAGCUAUGAGAAUGAAAGCAUUGCAUGAUGAUGUGAAUGAUGAAGACACUGAUUUAUUUGGUUUCUCUUCUACCGAAAUGAAGACUGAGUUUAAACUUGGGCUGUGUGGUGGCAACUCACAAAGGCUAUCAAGGCCCUUCAGUCACAAUACUGAAGCAAAAAAUAUUCAGCACCGGAUGUCUUCAAACGUUUGGCUAAGGAAUAAACCAGCUGUAGCUUCAUCAGCAGAUAUGGACAGCGAAGCUAUGGAAGAUAUUGAUGAAACUUUGUGCAUGGCUAUUUGUAAUCUCAGCCACUUAUGUGAUGCAGAGGAGAUGCUGAACUACUUGGAGUUGAAAGUGAAACAAGAAGGAGACAAAGUUGCAGAAACUAUAGAUGGAAUGUUUAAUGAACUUAUUACUUCUCUUCUGUCAAGGAAAAGGAAGUUGUGUGCAGAACUAGUGAAGAGCGUUGACAACUGCAGUGCUGGUAUAGCAAAAGUUAAGGAAGUCAUUGAAGAGAAGAAAAAUUGCUUGAUUGGUGCCAUUAGGAUUGCAAAAGAAAUAAAAAUUGCACCUUCUAUAAGAACCUAUUGUGAUCUCACUCAGGUUAUGUAUAAUUUAAAGUUGCCAGUUGAGACUGAACUCUCAAGAGUCAAGAGUUUGAAGGAAAAAGUACCUCCAAGAUUCCUACUAAACACCGAUGAGAUUACAUUUCUGUUAAAAAACCUGGGCAAGAUUGAAUGGGGAACAACACAGCAUGAGGAUUACAGACAACACACUCUUGUCCAUGAUGACAAAGAGAAAAUGCCAGGCUGCAAUAAUCAGUCACCUGUAGAGGAUGUAUUUCCAGAACGUAGCAGAGAAGGGAAAAUCAAGGCUCCUGCAAAUAAACCUGCUGUUCUCAAAGAAGUGAAAAAGGCACAGGUGCAAGAAACCCUUCCCACGGUCUAUCAUCAGAGUAUUCCUCCUACUCUACCCAAGUCUUCAUCUAGCCCUGAUGUUAUAAUAGAAGAAAUAUUUGAGGAUAACCUGAGAACAGAGUUUCCCACAGAAUAUCAUGCUGAUGAGCAGGACAAGAAAGUCUUCAAGAAGGCAACACCUUUUCAACACAAAGCUGGUUCAGCAGAGCUUGUGUUUGUAAGGCAUGUUAUAAAUCCAUGCCACUUCUAUGUUCAGAGAUGCUCACGGAAGAAAGAAGCAAAGGAUUUGGAGAAGAAACUGAAAACCUUUUGUCAUAGUAACAGUUCACAUCUCUUGCCUUCAGAUGUUUUGGAAAUAGGUGCUAGAACUUUAAUCAAAAGUAAGGAAACUGGUAUGUGGUGCCGUGGAACUAUCACUGAACUAAUUCCCCAAAACAGUAAAAGCGAGAGGAAGAGUUGUGGUACAGGAAGAUACAAAGUUGGUGAUCUUGCACUGCUGGAAGUAUUCCUGAUUGAUUUUGGGAGCUCUAUAGCUCUAAUUUUCGCAGGAUACACUCCCACUGAAAGACCUGAACUGAGUACUGUGCAAACUAUUGAAACAGAUGACAUUAAUUUGUUUGUAAAGAAGCCUGAUCAGCAUAUUGAGGCAGAAAUUGCAACUGUUCCUCCUUUAGCACUACGGUGUUCAUUGAAGGAUAUUGUUCCAAAAAAUGCAAGUGUAGGUUGGGAAGAGGAAGCAAAGACAAAAUUUUUAAUAAUGGUAAAUAAUAAAGUUGUUCUCAUGACGGUAUUUAGAGAAGACGAUGGUGUUCUCAUUGUGGAUUUGAAAAAACCUCCAUUUAAUAGCAUAAACAACAACAUGCCAGUGUCUCUCACGGAUGCACUGGUUUUCUUAGACCUGGCAAGGUUUAGAUCACAGCUGCCCAGCCAGUUAGAAGAAAAUACAAUCUUGCAAUAUAAACCACCCAAGAUUCCACAAGAAACAGAGGAAGUCUUUGUUGUAGCUUGCCAUAUUAAUAGUCCAAGUGAUUUCUAUCUUCAAUUGGUAAAGAGCCUGGAUUGUUCAGAUCUUCCAAAGAAAAUUCAGGAGGUAUAUAAACAUGAGUAUGGGGAAAACUUGGAAAUUAUCUGCCCAGUAGAAGGCCAAGCCUGUAUGGCAAAACAGGAAGAUGGGAAUUGGUACAGAGCACAGAUUAUAGGGCUGCCAAGUCAUCAAGAAGUAUUGGUAAAAUAUGUCGAUUUUGGCAAUGUUGCUAAGUUAGCUCUUACAGACAUCCGCAGAGUAAAAAAGGAGUUUCUGAGCUUUCCAGAAAAGGCAAUCAGGUGCAGGCUGGCUUGCAUUGAGCCUUAUAAAGGAGCAAAUGAGUGGAGCAGGAAAGCCAAGGAAAGAUUUGAAGAAAUGACUGAAGAGAAACUUAUGCUGUGUUCAGUUGUUGAAAUUACAGAUAAUAACAUCUUAUCUGUUGAACUCUUUGACUCCUCUGCUGUUUGUGAAAGAAGCUCUAGUAUUAAUUGCCAGCUAGUUAAGGAAGACCUAGCAUCCUUCAUACAUGGACACACUGAAGUUACUGUUGUAAAGCCCAAGGAAAUAUGGGAUGUUCAUCUAGAUGGAAUUUCUGAAACUUCAGAAACAUUAAAUCCUGUUGGCAUGGAAUCUGUGGAUGAAGGAGAUGUAAAAUCACUUUCUAAAAAAGAGCUGCAAGUGAGAAUUGGUCAUGUUGUUUCUCCCAGUAAAAUUUUUAUACAGUGGCUGUCAUCAGAAAGUAUACUGAAAAGUUUACAGGAGAAGAUGGCUGUCAUCUACAAAGACUCCCAGCCACAAUCUGUGAAGUGGGAAAGUGGUAUGCACUGUGCUGUUUACAUAAGUGAUUUGAAGCAGUGGCAAAGAGGUCAAAUAAGCAAGAUUGUCUCUGAAACAAGUGCAGAGGUAAUACUUUAUGAUUUUGGAGCUGAAAAAACAGUGGAUAUCAGCUGUCUAAGAAAACUCAAGGAAAAUAUGAAGAGAAUUAAGACAUUAGGAAUAGAAUGUUUCUUGGCAGAUAUAAGACCAACAGGUGGAAGCAUGCAGUGGACAGCAACAGUGUGUGAAUGUUUAUCCUAUUACCUAACUGGGGCACAAGUAAAAAUAAUCAUACAGGAAAGUGAUGGGUCUUGUGCAUUGCCUGUGAAAAUUUUUUGCAAAGAUGAAACAGGAGAUGUGAUUGAUAUUUCAGAACACCUUAUUCAGAAGGGAUUGGCAUUUAGAAGCAGAAGAACUGAUAAAGGUGAUGUGGCUUGCUCAGUCUCCAAGGACCAUCUUAAAGCACAUUUAGAGCAAGAGAACACAGAACCAGAUGAUUGUAAAUCAGAAACUGCGUGUGCCAAACCCAGCACUGUGUCAGAAGAAGACAUCACUGUUUCAGAGAGUGCACAAAAAUCAGAAAUGGAUGGAGUAUAUAAAUGUCCUGUUAUACCUAAAGCAAAAAUCUUUCAGGCUGUAGUAAGCUGUGUUGGACCUGAUGGAACUAUUUACGUAAUACCAAAAUCAUCUGAAAUUGAACUAAACAAAUUGAUGGCUGAAAUACAAGGUAAUUUCAAAUGCCUCGGUCUUCUGGAUCCCUACUGCUGGAAAAAGGGAGAAGCUUGUGUUGUAAGAGGAUCAGAUACCAUGUGGUAUCGAGGCAAAAUUGUAGAACUUGGUGUUAGUACUCUCCAGGUACAGUACAUAGACCACGGCAGCAUAGAGAGGAUUCCUCCUUGUCAUCUGUAUCCAACUACAUUGUAUAUUGAUAUUCCUCCAUUUUGCAUACCAUGUCAGCUCUACAAGACAGUACCAAUUGGAAAUUUUUGGCAGCAGGAUGCAAUAGAUUGCCUUCAGGUACUACUUAAAAAUGAAGAGGUUGAAAUACAUGUUCAGGAAUUACCAGAUGAUCCAUGGGGCAAAUUGUCUAUCAACUUGUAUUUUGGUGGAAUGUCACUUUCUUCCUUCAUGGCAUACCAGAAAUAUUGUGUUGCUGAAGAUUGUCUGGACAUAGCAGAAAUGGACCUACUUCAGAGAGACAUUGUUGUUUCACCUUCAUACACACUGCCUCCACUGCCUGUUCCAGGAGAUAUCUUUCCUGUCAGAGUCACCCAUUUGGUGUCCCCUAAGGAGGUAUAUAUUUGCUUUGAUCCUUCCAAGAACCUCAUGAAGCAGUCUGCCAUGGAGAGAGAUGCUAACUGUGACUCGGAGUUGGGAAGCCUUGAAGAAGCCCUGAAAUGGUGCAAUAAAAAUGUGGAGUCUUUUCCUCCUCUAACACAUUUCCAAACAGAUACACCUUGCCUUGUAGAAUACCAGGAUGGUUUAUGGUAUAGAGCAAAGGUCCUCUCCAUUGAAGAAUUCAACCCUCUUACAAUCCUGAUUCAGUUUGUUGACUAUGGUAGUUUUUCAGUUGUCCCAACAAGCAGAUUGCGUCGCAUCCCUUAUUAUCUGUUGAAGUAUCCUGUUCAGUCAGUACGAGCUCUCUUGUUUGGAUUUAAACCUGCUUUAUAUGGCAGAGAUGUGGAAAGAAUUCCUUACUGCCCAGAAUGGAGCGUGGAAGCUUUGUGGACAAUGGUCGACUGCCUUGAGGGAAAACAGCUCUCUGCAUCCAUUCUUGCUCUUUCACCAGAGGUCACCAUUUCUUUGUAUGAAGAUGGCAAUCUCGUUCAUAUGAAACUGGUAGAGAUGGGACUUGCAGAUCUGGAUGAGUGA